AUGAUACCCGAAACAACUACUACAUUAUUUAUACGUUGUGAUAAAUGCUAUUCCUAUACACAAAAGGAAGCUGUGAGGAUAAGAGGUUAUGACUGCGAUUGUUUGUCGCUGACGACAGGUGGUGGUAUUUGUGGUUAUUCAGCUGUGUCAUGUUCUGCAUUUCUUCAUUGUCGGUUGAACAAUACAUGUUCAAAUGCAAAUUCGGUUUGUGUCAAUACGACCAGAUGUGUGCAACCUAUUUGUUAUCCGUUAGCGUUGGCCGAUACUGGUGUGUGUCCAGCGCUGCCAGCCUCAACAAUAAUAACAACUAUAACACCAACCGCUACAACCACAGGAAAAUAUACUACCUUUACAACCAUUUCAUCAACACGAGCAACUUCAACAAUAACAAAAACUAUAACGACGGUCCGUACGAUCACAGGAAAAUAUACUACCUUUACAACCAUUUCAUCAACAUCAACAGCUUCAACACCGAUGAUGGCAACAACAUUCCAGAAGCAAGCAUUAACACAAACAAAUUACGAUCGGGCAUUACAAUGUGCGCCAGUUUUGACAUUGAAUGCAACCCUAAACAGCAUUGCUCAAAACUAUGCGACAUUUUUAGCUACGAAUGAGAUAUUUCAACAUAGUGGAAAUACAUUAAACGGUGAAGCUUUGGGUGAAAAUUUGUGGGCUUUGUGGUCAUCAGGUAUCAUAAACCCAAACACGCUUAAUGGAUCGUCACCGUGUAAUUCCUGGUACAAUGAAAUUAGCUCGUAUAAUUGGACAAACCCGGGUUUCUCAUCUGCUACUGGACAUUUUACACAAUUGGUUUGGCAAGGAACUAAGAUAAUGGGCAUUGGUAUUGCAUUGACAUCGAAUCAGCAACAAGCCUAUGUGGUGGCAAAUUAUUAUCCGGCCGGAAAUAUUAUAAAUAGUGGCUAUUUUGGGGCGAAUGUGAAAAAACCACCCUGCUAA